AUGCCGCCAUCCCAGCUCAAGAGGCUGAAAGCCUCUCUCCGAGAACAAGGAAUCGUUGGUCCUCAGCAAUCGAAGAAGCAAAAGAAACAAAACGCACAGAAUGGCGCAAACAAGGAGAAGAAAAUCAAGAGAAGUGUCGCGCUCAAUGGAAUUCGAGAUCAAUUCAACCCGUUCGAAAUCAAGCAGGCUAAAGCACCCAAAUUCGAAGUUACAAGUAACAAAACACUUGGCGGAAGGAUUUCGAAGGGUAUCAAGAAACCAGGUGUUGCGAGGGGUCUUGCGGAAGAGAAUCGCCGUAAAACUUUACUUGUUGAAAUGCAAAGUAGAAAUCGAGUAGGAGGCAUAAUAGAUAAGCGUUUCGGAGAAAAUGACCCUUCAAUGGCCCCCGAAGAUAAAAUGCUCGAACGUUUUACGCAGGAGAAGCAGAGGGGCCACAAGAAUAGCUCGGCAUUUGAUCUUGAAGACGACGAAUUCUCUGGCGAGCUUACGCAUAUGGGACAAUCGCUUUCUUUGGAUGGUCCUGCAAUCCGUGAUGAUUUCGACGAGGAGGGAUUGGAGUUGUCGGAUGCUGACGACCACGAGUCCGACGAGGAACGACAAGCACGAAAGCGCCGCCGAGGCUCAAAUUCCGAAGGGUCAGAUGAAGAUGAAGAGGGAACGGCUUUGCCAGAACGAAAAAAAUCGAAGCAGGAGGUUAUGAAGGAACUUAUCGCUAAAUCUAAAAUGCACAAAUAUGAGCGUCAAGCGGCCAAGGACGAUGAUGAGGACUUGCGAGAAGAAUUGGACAAGGAUAUGUCGAGCAUCCAUGAACUCCUUCGCGGCAUGGCUCAGAAACCGCCACCAGCACCAGCUGCGGCACCUGAGGAUAUCCCUGGCAUGAAUCCGGAGCGUAUAGCAUUGAUGAACGGCGGCGACAGAGCGAAGCUGGAAAAGGAAUAUGAUAUUCGAAUGAGGCAGAUGGCGCAAGACAAACGAUCCCAACCUACCGAAAGAUCGAAAACGGAGGAUGAAAAGAUGGAGAAGGAAUCAAGAAGAUUGCGAGAAUUAGAAGAGAAGAGAUUGCGUCGUAUGGAGGGUGUGGCAGAAAGUGACGACGAAGAAGACAAUCGCGCACGAGGGGCAGAUGACGAGGAGGAAGAGGAAGAAGAAGAAGAUUAUGGACUGGGAGAAGGUAUCAAAACACGACCUAGUGCUGCGGAAUUAGGUGCCGAUGAUGAGGACGAUUUCGUUAUAGAUGAUGAUCUCGUAGCGAGUGGCUCAGACAUCGACGAGUCGGAGGGCGAAUCUGAUGGAGAGGACGAGGAAUCUAAUAACGAAGACGAUGAGUUUCUCGAAGGUCUGCUUACCGAAGAGGAGGCCAAGAGACCGGAAUUCUUGACUGGUGCAAACGCCCCUCUCCCCGAGGUGGAGCUGCCAGCCAAAAAUGGUGUAAACGGUGACCUUGCUUAUACCUUCCCAUGUCCACAAUCGCACGAAGAACUUCUCGAGAUUACCAAGGGCAUAGCUCUAUUAGAUCUGCCAACGGUUGUUCAGCGUAUCAGAGCUCUGUAUCAUCCUAAACUCAACUCGGAAAACAAAGUAAAGCUAGGAAGCUUCUCCGUCUCUCUCGUCUCUCAUAUCUCAUACCUCGCAAACCAAGCUCAGCGUCCCCCUUUCUCCGUAUUAGAAAACAUCAUCCGCCACAUCCAUUCGCUCGCCAAAACUUUUCCUCUCGAGAUUGCCAACGCGUUUAGACGACAUCUCGACGAGAUCAAUCAGUCACGACCCUUGGCUUUGAAGGCUGGUGAUCUCGUAGUUCUCACGGCCAUUGGAACAAUAUUCCCAACCUCGGAUCAUUUCCAUCAAGUUGUCACUCCUGCAAUCUUGACCAUGGGACGCUAUCUUGGUCAAAAGAUUCCUCAGGAUCUAUCCAAUUAUGCUACGGGAGCAUAUCUCUGCACUUUAUGCUUACAAUAUCAACGAUUAUCAAAGAGAUACGUUCCAGAGGUAGCCGGCUUCAUCGAGAAUACCUUAUGUGCUUUGGCGCCUAGCAAGUUAGCCAAGAUCCCAGGAAGCUUCCCAUAUCAUGAGCCAAAGAACUCUGUGAGGAUAGAAAAGGCGUCAACAUCAGACAGACAAAUUGAAUUCUAUGACUGUAUCCCACAGGAGCUUUCGGCCGACGACGAAGAGUCCUUGAAAGUCGCUUUGUUAGAGGCAAACAUCAAAAUCUUGAACGCAAGCGCCGAUUUAUGGACUGAAAAAUCAGCCUUCACCGAAGUCUUUGAACCAGCUUUGACGAUCCUUAAACAUCUGGGAAGUAAAUCUUGCAGGUCAAAGCUUCCAGAAAGUAGUCAAACCCUCAUCCGCAAAUCCAUCUCCAAAUUCCAAACCAUGUUACAACUAGCGCACCUUGCCCGUCGUCCUCUCGAACUCCACCACCAUAAACCCCUCGCCAUCAAAACCUCCAUCCCCAAAUUCGAAGACUCCUACAAUCCAGAUAAGCACUAUGAUCCAGAUCGCGAACGCGCUGAAACUGCUAAAUUGAAGGCUGAGCACAAGAAGGAGAGGAAGGGUGCUAUGCGUGAAUUGCGCAAGGAUAGCAAUUUCAUUGCCAGAGAGAGCUUGAGGCAGAAGAAGGAGAAGGAUGCGGCGCAUGAGAAGAAGAUGAAGAGACUUAUUGCGGAGAUCCAGGGUGAGGAAGGAAAGGAGUCGAAGGCUUAUGAGCGGGAGAAGGAGUGGAGGAAAAAGGGAAAGAAAUAG